GCACGCUUCCGAGUUCUCUCUCCGGCCGGGGAUCUCUCGCUUUUUCCGACUUUUCUUUCUCUAUGUUGCCACAAAAAGCAAAAGAUUACCGGAGACACAUUCGCCAAAAAACGUAGUUCCUUAACAUUGGCGAAAUUUGUGCUUGCUUAGUGUAAAAUACUUUGUGGUGUGAUGCUGUGUGAAGUGUCGUGAUGCGAUGGAAUUGACGGCGUGUGCCACGCUGGCAGGAAGCGGAAAACUUGUUCACGUUUGAAUGACGGACGGUGGUGGCACGGAAUCGCGGAACCCUUACUUUCACAUUUCGAUUCUGCGGGGUGUUGCAGCGUCCAGCGCGAAGUGUAGCCGCGGAAAUGGCUAAAGCCUCGGCGAAAUUCUUACGUAACGCACCCCGCUGGUCGACCCUCUGCCCGUUGCUGCUGUACGUUCUCUUCAUCCUGUGCAUUCUGGUACUGGCAUUUUCGUCACGACAAAGCAAAGGGUUGGCCCAUAAAAACGAAAACCAGGCGCCGGCGAAUUCGGGUGGAGACGGCCCUGCCCCGUUGGUGUACCGGAAAAUUGAGGAAAGUGUUGUGAAUGAAUUGACCGCGGCAUUCACCAGGGCGGACAGCAACCGGGACAAACUGCUAACUGUGCAGGAAUUGGCGAAGUACAUAAACUUUAAAAUCCGUGAACACAUCGACGAGGCCAUCCGCACAAAUCCGACGAUGUUCGUCGAGAUUGACCACAAGCCUCGGGAUGGACUGGUCAGCUGGGACGAGUAUCAAAACUAUUGGCUGCAUGAGAAGGGAAUCGAAGGCGAUAGCCAUAUGAAGAAGAGCGUCUUCGAUAAGUUGGACCGCAAGGUGAAGGAGUCGAUCGCUCGCGAAAAAGCACUGUGGAUGGAGGCGGCUCGCACCGAUCCCCUGAGCCUGACGCUGGACGAGUUCCUAUCGUUUCGCCAUCCAGAAUCGAGCACCGUAAAUCUGUUGAACCUGGUAGACGACAUUCUCCGACAGUUUGAUCUGGAUGGUGACGAUCAUUUGACGGUGGAGGAGUUUUCCGACGUUCAAACGACCGACUUGGGCGAAGGGAAAAAGUUUAUUCUGUCGCAAAACGUUCGCGAGCGGAAGGAAGAGUUUACGAAGGUUAUCGACAAGAAUCGGGACGGGAAGGCAGACCGCGGGGAGUUACUGUCGUAUGUGGACCCCCGCCAUCCCCGGUACGCCAUACAAGAGGCUUCGACUUUAUUCUCUCUCGCUGAUAUCAACAAUGAUAAAAGACUCUCUUUGAGUGAGGUUCUGGGCAAGUCUGCAAUUUUUAUGUCAUCCAAAAUGGUCCAUACGGCUGAAAGUUUCCAUGAUGAAUUUUGAAGUGUUUUUUUUUUAAUUAGGAAUAGUAUUGGAAUACGCCAUGGAAUUCGCCG